AUGGUGUCGGGCAAGCAGCUGGCAGACAUGGGCUACAAGGCUUUCUCGGGCUCCAUGAUGCUGCUGACGCUCUACGGGGGUUACCUGUGCUCCGUGCGCGCCUAUCACCUGCUCCAGCGCCGCCGCGAGCGCCAGGCAGCGCCAGGCCCCGACAGCUGA